GUUAGCAGAGUGGCUUCCUCAGCGUUGCUAAUCCUACUUUCCUUACACUCCUCAAAACCAAAUCCUUCUUGGCCUCUAUUAUAAAAAAACUUUUCAAAUAUCACCAAAUUAAAGAGAUCAUAUAUAUAGACCUUUCUUUAAAGCACACAAAAAAAAAUUAGCACACACACAUAUAUAUACAAGAAAAUGGCCCCAGAAGUGCCUGUAGAUGUGUUUACAGGCAAUAAGGUAUCUCCUCAGCUCAAUAAUGGUGGCUACUCCAAAAGGGCCUACGUAACGUUUUUAGCCGGUGACGGCGAUUACGUUAAAGGGGUGGUGGGAUUGGCCAAGGGUCUGAGGAAAGUGAAGAGUGCUUACCCUCUUGUGGUUGCAAUGUUGCCUGAUGUGCCUGAGCAACACCGUCAGAUUUUAAGGUCUCAAGGUUGCAUCGUCCGUGAGAUUGUGCCGAUUUAUCCUCCUGAGAACCAGAUUCAGUUUGCGAUGGCUUACUAUGUCAUCAACUACUCUAAGCUCCGCAUUUGGAAUUUUGAGGAGUAUAGCAAGAUGAUAUAUUUGGAUGCGGACAUCCAAGUGUACGACAACAUAGAUCAUCUGUUUGACACCCCUGAUGGGCUCUUCUACGCGGUGAUGGACUGCUUCUGUGAGAAAACAUGGAACCACUCUCCUCAGUACAAAAUUGGGUAUUGCCAACAAUGCCCCGAUAAGGUGACGUGGCCCGCCGAGAUGGGUUCUCCUCCUCCCUUGUACUUCAACGCCGGCAUGUUUGUUUUCGAGCCUAACCCGUUGACCUACCAGAACCUUCUUCAAACCCUCGAAAUCACUCCACCAACGCCCUUUGCUGAGCAAGAUUUCUUGAACAUGUUCUUCCAAAACGUCUACAAGCCCAUCCCUCUCGUAUACAACCUGGUUCUGGCCAACCUAUGGCGACACCCAGAGAACGUCGAGCUAGACAAAGUAAAGGUGGUCCACUAUUGUGCUGCUGGAUCAAAACCAUGGAGGUACACAGGCAAAGAAGUGAACAUGGACAGAGAGGACAUCAAGAUGUUGGUUGCAAAAUGGUGGGACGUAUACAACGACGAGUCCCUAGACUUCAAGGCGGAAAAUCCGGUUUCAGAGGACGAAACUUUCUCGAGGCCAUCGAUCAUGGCUUCCAUGCCUGAGCCAAGGAUAUCCUAUAUUCCUGCGCCUUCUGCUGCUUGAAAAGUACUGCUGAAGAGACUUAAGUACUGUUCCAAAUUGGUGUGCUUCACCCACUUUUUUUUUUGUCCCCCCUUUUUCCCUAGUGUUUCAAUAUAAACUCUUUCAGGCUGUUUGGCCUCGUUUCCUUAGUUGUUGAAGUUGGUGAAAGAUACUCGUAUAGAUUCCUUGUUACAGUUUUUCCUUUUGUUGGAGUGUGUUGUGACUUUACAAAUAUAUCCCUAGCAUUCAGUAAAAGAAAACUAAAUAUAUAUUAUGUUACAAAAAUGUGUAUGGGGAACUUCGUAGCGACAUGCAUAUGCUAAAUGUAUAUCUUUGAAGUA